AUGCAGAACAUUACCAAAACAUCACAAUUUUUCUGUGUCUGGAGGAAAACAAUCCUCAGAAAAAGUUACCUUGACUUUUCGAAGUGCUCGUGUCAUCUGCAUAGUUACAGAAGGUGUAUAGACAAGAACCAAGCACAGCUGAAUAAUGGCUAUCAGGAAACAUUUCUGACCUAUUCAAUCAUACACACACUCCAGAAACAGUUUUGUUCAGCAUAUUCCACAUCCAUUACCUCUGAUCCACCUGACAAAACAGGUCAAGAUGCCAAAGUUAAUGAAUUUGAAUCAUCUCAAGAGGACACCCCUGACUUUGCAAGUGUUGAAUCAAAACAGGAGGGGCUUUUGGAUGAGGAGAUUGAGGAUUUUUAUCGUGAGGAUGAGGUGGUAGAAGAGGAGGUGUCUGAUUGGGUACCACCUAUCAGCCUCACAAGAGGUAAAACUGGAGUCUAUGAGCUGGAGGAGCUAUUGACUGUUCUUAGAGAGGAGAAUGCCCAGGAUAUCUGUGUAAUAAACAUACCCCCAGAAGUCAACCUGACAGAACACAUGGUCAUAGUCAGUGCCAUAUCUCUCCGACAUUUACGGGCCAUCAUGUCCACUGUCAACAAUAUUUAUAAACAAAAGAAGCACAAUUCUGACCCUUUUCUUCUUAUCUCUGGACAAGAUGACCCCAAAUCAGAAUGGCUGGCAGUAGAUUUAGGAAAUGCCUUUUUACACGUGAUGAUGCCACAAACUCGCCAGAGGUACGAUAUAGAGGGAUUAUGGUUGUCCGGUGAUGCAUUGACAGAUAGGGAUCUGGAAGAGGAGGCGGAUUUUGUUGGAGAUUUUGAUUGGGUCAAAGAUCUCCAACUCAACAGAGGAGGUGCCAAGUCAGUAAAGGAUUCUUCCUCAGAGAGUCCAAGUGCAAAACCAUCCAGCAAGACAGCUAACACAGAAGAGGAUAUUGAGUGGAUUAAGUAGAGUGAAUCGCAUUGAUGACAUUUUGACAGUGUGAAAAUAUCAGCUCAGUGGUUGUGCAUGGACUAUCAGAUUAAAAGACAAGCAGUACAUGAAAAUGGAAAGCAGUGGUUAAUACUUUGUUUGACAUGUAAAUGAUAUGGUAUUUUAAAACACAUUGGUACCUGAAUUGUCAUAAAGUGUACAUAUGGAUAUUUAUGUAUCAAAUUGCUUAUUACCUGUUUGCAAAGAUAUUUGUGAUUGAUUUUACAUAUAAUUUUGAUGCCAUCAAGCAUUUGAAAAAAAAAACUACUGGUAAUAAAAAAAGACACCAAAACUCAAUUAUUAUUAAAUGAGUAAAAUAUUUUACUUCUUGGAGAGAACCAUGUAAAGUGUAGGGGGACUUAGGGUUAAUAAUUUAUACAUAUACAAUGAAACACACUGAUAGCGAAGUGCCAGGGACAGGCGAUUUUGCUUUGUUUGCUGUGUUAAAACAAAAAUCGUUACAUCCAUCAAGUUUACAAUAUGUAAUGAAGUCAGGGGAACAAAAAUCACUUCACUGUACAUGUAAUUGUCAAUUCAUUAUAAUUGUGUUCGCUAUAACAGUGUUUUAUUGUACUCACAGAGAGGAGUUAAUGAUUGAAAUAGAAUGCCUUACUUACAGCAGCCAAA